AAUGCGCUAGUACAUCCCUGUUGAUAUAGUCAAUGAAUGUCAACAACACAGACUGUCAACAAGAUUUGUAUACAAAUAUUUUAAUGCAGAUUUUUUGGCAUUUUCGUACGUGUUUUAGUGAAUAUUUGAUCGAUUUAUAUUUGCCUCCAUUAUGGGACUAGACAUCGAUAUUCUAGAGCAUUGUAAAAAGGUAAGGGCUGAUCAUGGGCCACCCUACACAUGUCCAGUGGACAAGUGUGGCAGAAGCUAUAAAACAGUUUGUGGCCUACAAUAUCACUUGAAAAGUCACAAUCAUGAUGCUCCGGCUGCCCAAACGAUAUCCACACCAACAGUGUCUAAAAAUAAAAAGGGCAGAAAAACCCCUAAGGGCCCUAGGGCUCCAACUGCGGCAACUCCUGUCGUUGUCAGCACUCCAGAACCUUUAACUUUCGAGGAAGCUCAAAAAAUGGUUCAGUUUGAGAUCAAUGGGAUGGUUUGUAGAUGGAACAUCAAUGAUCCUCUAGAUGUUAUAUCUGAAGAGAAACCCUCCGCAUCUAAAACAGAAACUGAAGAUCUCAAAGAAGAAAAACCCGUAGUAACGCCCGUACCCAUUCCUCCGACUGAGCCCGCUGUGCAGUUGCCCGAAGCUUGCUAUAAGGAACUAGACGAUUACAAUAUAUGUGAUGCGCCACCGAGACCCAAUGCAUACAUUCGUUUCAUUGAAAAGAGCACUGAAGAGUUAGAUGGAGAGGUGGAAUAUGAUGUUGAUGAAGAGGACACUGCGUGGUUGAAUAUAAUGAAUGAAAAGAGAGAAGAACAGGGUUUGGCACCUGUGAGUGUCGAUUCCCUCGAAUUGCUCAUGGACAGAUUGGAAAAGGAGUCAUACUUUCAAGCAGCGGUAAAUGGACAUUCAAAUGGAGCGGUAGUGGAUGAUGAUGCGGUUUGCUGCAUUUGCAUGGACGGAGAAUGCCAGAACACGAAUGUUAUCUUAUUUUGCGAUAUGUGUAAUUUGGCGGUUCAUCAGGAUUGUUAUGGAGUCCCUUAUAUUCCUGAAGGCCAGUGGUUGUGCAGAAGAUGCUUGCAAUCUCCCAGUAGGCCCGUUGAUUGUGUUCUUUGUCCAAAUCAAGGUGGAGCAUUUAAGCAAACUGAUAGAGGCACUUGGGCGCAUGUAGUCUGUGCGUUAUGGAUACCUGAAGUUAGAUUUGCAAACACAGUUUUCCUAGAACCAAUAGAUUCGAUUGAAACGAUUCCUGCAGCUCGUUGGAGAUUGACUUGCUACGUAUGCAAACAGAAGUCCGUGGGCGCUUGCAUACAAUGCCAUCGGAAUUCAUGUUAUGCGGCGUUUCAUGUAACUUGUGCUCAGCAGGCAGGGCUUUAUAUGCGAAUGGAUGCUGUUAAGGGUGGAGACAUUGCGGGGCAGCCAGUUCUGAUUCAAAAAAUCGCGUACUGCGAUAUUCAUUCGCCUGGCGACACCCAAGCGGAAAAGGGAGAUCAGAAGGAGGACUCCAGAAAGAAAAUGAUGCAAGCUAGGAAGGUUUUAGCCAAGAAACGAACAUCGGCACCAGUUAUAUUAAUGCCCACGAUACCACCAGAGCGAAUACAGGAAAUCGCUUCUCUAGUAACGAUCACAAAAAAAUCCCAAUUUAUUCAACGCCUUAUUGCGUAUUGGACCUUAAAGCGUCAGUAUAGGAACGGCGUGCCAUUGUUGCGAAGAUUGCAAAGUGCCCAGGGUGGAACCAGAGACUCGAACACUAGUAAUGUGGAUACUAUUGAAUUAUGCAGACAGCUUAAAUACUGGCAAUGUCUUCGGCAAGAUUUAGAAAGGGCUAGGUUGUUGUGCGAAUUGGUGCGAAAGCGCGAGAAAUUGAAGCUGGAAUACACCAGAGUGUACGAAAAAAUACUAUUCAUAAAGUUGAAGCCUUUAGAAGCGAGCCUAGCCAGGCUUCUCGACUUGAUCGAAGCUAGAGACACUAACGAGAUAUUCACUGAACCUGUAGACUUAGAAGAGGUACCUGACUACACUACCGUCGUAACAGAGCCAAUGGAUUUAAGCACUAUGCGCCAGAAACUUAACAAAGGCUUAUACCAAGAUUUGGCUUCUUUGGAAAAGGAUUUUGAUCUGAUGAUCGCCAAUUGUUUAGCAUAUAAUAACAGAGACACUGUAUUUUAUAAAGCGGGGAUCAAGAUGAGAGAUCAAUGCGGAGUAAUUUUCCGACAAGCAAGAAAGGAAUUGGAUUCGGCGGGUCUGUUAAAAAUUGAUAAAACCACACAUAAGUAUUCUGGGAUUGGUGGUGACGAUGCUUUAACUUCGGAUAUCGACAAGGAAUUAGAAAAUCUGCAGGGAAAAUCAGGUCCGGAAGUGGUAUCAAAGCUCGAAGACCUGCUGGCAAAAAGCCAAGCCUUAAAGCAUGGCCUUGCUCGCGUUAAGCGCGUAAAACUUGUCCGUAGCGAACUGAAUAAAGCCAAAAGAAGUUCAGCAAGCAAUCAGCAGAAUAAAGAAGCAAAACAAGUUGUGAUUAAACUAGACAAAACCGAAACCGAUUCAAUUCUGACGGAAAGCCAAAGUGAGAAAGACGCCGAACAUACCGACCAAACCGAUUUGGCUUCACAAUCUGAUGGGGAAAAUGAUGAAACUGAAAAAAGCAGCGUAGCUUCUAACGUGGAAGGCGCUUCUCCAAGUGGGGUCAACAGAAGAACCACCAUUCUUUUUGCCAAAAAAGCCCCGUCUUCAAUGAAGAAGGACGACGACAAAGAGAAAGCAGAAACCGACGCGUCUGCUUCAAAUGCCCCUAACAAGAAGAAAAAAGUGCGAAGCGGAAAGCGUCUGCGAACCGCUUCAAAUCUGCCUAAAACGAUGGAUCCGAGCAAUCUUAUCGAAGAUCAGUCGGAUGUGCCUGACAGUUUUAAGAUUUACAGGGCAGGCAAACAAACAACAGACGAAGAAAAAAGCGACAGCGACAACUCGAUGUCCACUUGCUAUUCGCACGAUCCCAGCGAAAUAGAAAGCGACGAAGACGAUGAAAGUGAUACGGCGGCUGAAAGUGGCAUCGACAAGGUAUUACCGCCUCUGCAGUUGGUUUGGGCCAAAUGUAGAGGGUAUCCGUGGUAUCCCGCCCUCAUCAUCGAUCCUCAAAUUCCCAAAGGGUACAUUUACAAGGGAGUGCCGCUUCCAACCCCACCUCAAGAAGUAUUAGAUCUGUAUAGCAAAUUUUCGGAACACGUGUAUUUGGUCCUGUUUUUCGAUGCAAAGCGCACUUGGCAGUGGCUUCCUGCCGAAAAACUGGAGCUGAUGGGGAUCGAUACCGAAAAAGACGAAUCAAAGGCAAAUGAGCCACGGAAGCAAUCAGAUCGAAAAGCUGUUAGAAAAGCAUAUGAAAACGCUUUGCAUUAUAUCCAGCAAAUCAGUGAUUAUGUGGAAGCUGAGGUGAAGAAGGAUUCGCAAGUGCCCAAAACUUGAUCUUUGCGUAGUUUGCGACCUGCAAAACUACUGUUGAGCAAGAAAGUUGUAUGAUUAUUCACAAGAAAAAUAGUGACAAAUUGAGAAAAGCGCCUUAAUCCUGUAGGAUAUAUAUUGUUUAUUGUAUUGGUACUAAGCUAGAAAUUGAGGAUAAUUAUAAAAAAAAUGGAGUUUUUUAUUGCUAACAAAUAAACAUAUCGCAGAGGAA